AUGACCUUGGUUAAAAGUUUUGGAUAUGGUCACUACGAAGUUUCAAGCUUGGGAUAUGGUCACUGCGAAGUUUCAAGCUUGGGAUAUGGUGACUACGAUGUUCCAAGCUUGGGAUAUGGUCACUACGAAGUUUCAAGCUUGGGAUAUGGUGACUACGAUGUUCCAAGCUUGGGAUAUGGUGACUACGAUGUUCCAAGCUUUGGAUAUGGUGACUACGAUGUUUCAAGCUUGGGAUAUGGUCACUACGAUGUUCCAAGCUUGGGAUAUGGUGACUACGAAGUUCCAAGCUUGGGAUAUGGUUUAUUACCAACUCAUUAUGAAGUGAGUUUUGUAUAG